UAGAAUUCAAGGAUGAUGCCGUUGCGGCCUAACGUUUACGUCGGACAUUUCCGUCGACGAUCGGAGUCUAAAAUUGCAAUGGCGCGUCAGGCCUGGCCUUCGCGAUUCUACAGCUCGUUCUCUCAGAAAAGCCAAGUUCAAGGCCGACAAGACCAAGUCUCUGUCUGCAUGAUGUCCGGCAAUACUACUGAUACUAUGAUUCCAACCAAUAGAACAGUACCGAAUAUAAAGCAGGAAAUUGAGAAUCCAACAACGCCAACACAAAAUUAUCACCAAGUCUGUUCACCUAGUACAACAAUUCAACAUCAAGAGGUCCUUCGUGAUAUGGAUAUCACAGAAUACGGUGGUGGUGGCAGUGGUGAUGGAAGUGGUACGAGUCCUGGUAGUCCUGAAAUGCAACAUUGUUCAUCAACAACACAACCAAUUGGUACUCCUGAGGUUAAUAAUGGAGUCAAAGAAGAAGAUAUGGUACCAAGACGACUGUGUCUAGUUUGCGGAGACGUAGCGAGUGGUUUUCAUUAUGGUGUAGCUUCAUGUGAAGCGUGCAAAGCAUUUUUCAAACGAACGAUACAAGCAAGCAAUUUUACAGGAAAUAUUGAGUAUACUUGUCCGGCAAAUGGUGAAUGCGAGAUCAAUAAGAGAAGAAGAAAAGCGUGUCAAGCAUGUAGGUUCCAAAAGUGCUUAAGACAAGGAAUGCUCAAAGAGGGUGUACGGUUGGAUCGUGUACGUGGUGGUAGACAAAAAUACCGACGAGCUACAGAUCCUUAUUUACCUGUUAAAACAGUUACACUUGAAGAUAACAAAAUGAUUGAAGCGCUCGUGGCAUGUGAACCGGACACUUUACAGGUGUUUAAUGCAACUACGCCUACACUUGACACUGACCAACGAGUACUUGGUCAAUUGUCCGAUCUUUAUGAUCGUGAACUUGUUGGUAUUAUUGGAUGGGCAAAACAAAUUCCCGGUUUUAGUAGCCUUGCAUUAAAUGAUCAAAUGCGUCUUCUGCAAAGUACGUGGGCAGAAAUAUUGACAUUUAGUUUAGCGUGGAGGAGUAUGCCGAAUACAGGACGUUUGAGGUUCGCACAGGAUUUCACAUUAGAUGAAAGGCUUGCUCGUGAGUCUCAUUGCACUGAUCUUUAUAAUCAUUGCAUCCAGGUUGUUGAAAGAAUUCAAAAAUUAAGCCUGUCGAGAGAAGAAUUUUUUAUUUUAAAAGCAUUGAUACUGACCAAUAGUGAUGUAAGACUAGAUGAGCCUCAAGCAUUGUAUCGUUUUCGUGAUGCUAUUUUAACAGCAUUAUCUGACUUGGUAUCAACAGUACGGCAGGGUCAAGCUGUACGUGCUACACAAAAUAUGUUUUUAAUAUUACCAAGUUUACGGCAAGCUGACAAUAUUGUAAGAAGAUUUUGGUCAAGUGUUUAUAGAACCGGUAAAGUAACGAUGAAUAAGCUCUUUGUUGAAAUGUUAGAAGCUUCUGCUUAUCGAUGAGACAACGUGAGCUCGAUCGACCUUGAAAUUGAGAUGCGAAGGCCGAUCGACGUGGAAACAGCACCAACAGUUCAGCUGUUGUGAUUUAUUCUAUUUGUACAGAUAAAUGAAUUGUGAUGGAGUUACAUUAUGAAGAAUUACGUCAGGGAUAUAUAUUAACUAAUAACGUAUAAUAUACGUUUUGAACAAUGUUCAAAUAUUGAUUGCAAACGUUUAUAUACAGUCAUUACGACAAGUUAGUGAGAGAAAUGUAUGCUGUUAGAUUCUAGUGCUUCGACCUUUAUUAUUAAUGUUAAUAUUAUUACUACUACUACUGACUAGAUAUAAUUAAUAAUGUGCACAUAUAUAAUCAUUAGAAAAUUCAUGUUAAUAAUCAAAACUACAACUGGCACAUUUAGUUCAUUAUUCCAAUAAUUACUAAUUAAUUCUUACGCAAUUGCAAAUGUAGGAAUGGUAGUUGUGCAAUAAAAAAUAUUAGCAGUGGUCAAGACAUGUUUAAAAAAAGUGAAUACAUUUUUAAUGUUUUUUUGUCAGGUACCCCAUUUACAGGUACAGAAAAAUAAAAUGUAACCAUUAUUAAUUAGUUAUUAAUGGUGAUAAUGAUAAAAUUGUCGCCAAAUAAUUUUUUAAUCGUGAAUUUUAAAUAAUUGUGUAAAGUCAAUGGCAUGUCGAAGCACUGAAUAUAAAUAGUUAUUUGUAGAAAUGUACAAAAAUGGUUUAAAGUGAUACAAAAGAUGAUGUCGGUAUGAAUUGAUGAAUAAUUAAAACAAAAUAUUAAAGAAUGGCAGGAACGUUCUGAAAAAAAAAUUAAAAUGGUUACCGAUAGAAUUAUAAUUUUUUUUUCUGUAAAUUUAAUUGAUAAUUUAAGAGUCAACAUAUAAUUCUUCGGUAUGAUCAAGUUUAUAUAAGUAGUUUGAUAGCAUGAUAUUAAUAAUUGAUAAAAUAGUGGUAUUGUCGUUAAUAAAGAUAAUAAAAUAUUAGUAAUUAUGAUUACAAAUAAAGGGAUAAGAAAAUAUAAAUAGUAAUAAAAUAAAUGAUAACGGUUGUUAUGUGAUCGCUCAGAAUCGCACACAUUUGCCAUGAAAGGCAUAAAAGAGUUCAUUCAGGGAUCUUUAAUAUAAUGUCUAGUUAUUAUUGUUAUGAAGAAAUAAUAAAAAUAAACACAAAUGAAAAUUUGAAUGAAA